AUGGGAGGAUCCAAAAGCUACGGGAUAAAUUGCGAACAAUUAGACUUGUCAUAUCUGGGGCUUUGCAAGGCACCAGACCACACUGCAUACUAUUUCUUGAAUGAAGAUCAUGGUCUUUUUACUCUUCCACAGGAGGAUUUUAACCGGGUCAGGGAAGAGUAUUCGCACUCACGCACCAAAAACCUUCAAACUCCGCUUCAAGUGAUUUGAAAAUACAAUGGAUUAGUGAUGGCAGAAUUUAAGGAUGAUGACAAUGAGGUCAAAAUCCAUUAUUUAGCACAGGAUUUACUCUAUCCGCUAGAUAAGCUAACUGUCAAUUUUUUGGUGGCGGAUGAAUAUGAGGCAGCAAAGGAGAGACUAAGAAAGUUGACCAAAUUAUGAUAUGGGAAUAGGAAGCGGAACAUUGCAAUUCUGAUAAACCCAAUCAGUGGGAAACAAGAGUCAUAUAAUAUCUAUAAAACAAAAUUGAGGCCCAUGCUUAAAGUGACCAGAAUGAAUUACAAAGUUUUUAAAACUGAUGGCCCAGAUUUCAUAGAUAAAUGGGUAUCCAGACUUAAGUUCAAGCAGAAGACUUAUGAAGAGAGAGAAGAGACUUUAGAAGAAGAGGAUCAAGAAUCCUCUCUUAUAUGAGAAUACACUGAUAUUGUUGUGAUUGGAGGUGACGGACUGUUAAGUCUGUAUUUGAAUUCAUGUUAUAAACACCACUUCUUUAACACUCUUAUUAAAAUACCAAUCCUUAUUCUUCCAGGAGGGACUGGAAAUGCUCUUUCCAUGGACCUUGGAGGGAAGAAUAUAUUCAAUCUAUGCAUAAAGUUUCUGAGAGGAGAGACUGUUAAGGGCGACCUUAUCAGAGCAGACUUCAUGACUUCCAAAAUAUCAGUCCUUUGAACAGCCUUCUGCUGGGGCUUUGUGUCAAAAGUUAUAGAAAAAUCCGAUAGCUGGAGAGGGUGCCUUGGUGCAUCCAGAUACACUGUGUGCGGGGCCAGAGAAGUGUUGUGAGCUGGAGGUCCUUGGAGUAUGCGAACACACCAGUUGUCAAAAAUCCAGCACAAUGUGAGCAUAUCCGAAGAUAUUUGUAAAGUUUCCUCCACUCAACCUCUAGAGGAGGUAAAAGACCAGGAAACUGAUGAAUCCGAUAAUUUAGAGACUUCUGCAGUACCUAUUAUUGAAAAGCAUGACAUUAAAAGUGAUAGAAGCUGUUACACUAACAGUGGUAGUUACAAAUUGAUCAAAGAAGCCUCUAUGAAUGGCAAUAUGAUCACAAGGGGAGAAUUUGACUUUAAUCAAGAAAUAUUGCAAAGCCAAGAUAAUCAGAAUAUGGAAAGAAUGUCCCAACUUGGUGCAAUUAUUGAUCAGAGAGACGAAGUUGACUGGACGAAUAUUGAUCUUAGCGAGAUCUCCAUUAUGGUGUUAACAACCCAUGAAUGUCGAAGGAGCGGGUCAAAAGAAGUAUUCGCUCCAUUCACUAGAAUAAACGAUGGAAAGAUGUUCUUAUGUGGGUUCAAAGAAUGUUCAAAGCUCGAGAUGCUCAUGAUGAUGGCGAAGGUGUCUACUGGAAAGGGCAAUCAGGUUAGAAUGUCCAAGUACUUUCAUCAAGAAGUUAAGCAAAUCAGAAUUCAUCCAAACAGUGAAACCUGUUUUAACGUUGAUGGGGAAGUUUAUGACAGUGAUGAAGUCAUACUCACUUGCCUUCCAGGAAUGAUAAAUCUGUUUGGAGAACCCUACAAGAUUCAAUAAAAAUUAUUUAAUGU